AUGGCGGCCACACUGGCCAAUGGAGGUGUGUCGCCGUUGAGCGAUGAGCGUGUGGUGUGCAAUAUCGCUGUUCGUGACACCUUAUCGUUGAUGUACUCGUGUGGAAUGUACGACUACUCCGGACAGUUCGCAUUUACGGUUCAUUCAUUCAUUUAUUCAUUAUCAUUUGUCUAA